AUGCGAGCCCAUCUGAGACAAUGGCUUGACCCAGCCCCCGCUGAUCCACAGCUGGCCCAUCCGAGUUUGGUCAGGCAGGUAGCGCUUCCCUCUUUUCUCGGCAUGGCAGAGCGUCGUUUUGUUUGUGUUUUGGUUUAUAUUUUGCCGGCUUUGUUUAUAUUUUUGAAAACAGACGUUUUUUAAAUUUUACGCAUAAAUAGCGGCUAUUCUUAGAAAUUCUUAAAAAUAGGGGAAGAUAACUUUAAAUUCUUACGUUUAAAGAAUAGGUAGACUAAUAUCAACAACCCAAACUUUCUUUGUUAUCUCGUUGUUAAUUGAAAAUUAAUGUUAUUCACAUUUGUUUCAUAGCUCUUCAGAAGGUCCUGCCACGAAAACUUUGGCGGAUUAAGAACCUUUUGAAACCAAUGAUAAAUUUGUGAUUACCAGAAAGAAAAGGCAAGUCCUUUUUGUCUAUUGUUAGCGCUUCCUUACCCACGAAGUGCCGAAGACACUUCUGAAUCCGAAAACAAUUUUUGUUUCGGGGAAUUUCAAGUCGAAUAUGCUAGUGUUUACCUGUAGUUGGGUCGACGUUUGCCUGUCUUCAAGUUGAUUCACAGCAUCGAGAGUCGACCGACCGCUCUUCUCGCUUUUCAGUUAUUUAUUUGCAUAUAAUUUGGACGCAUUUGAUUUGCGCGGUUUUGGUAUCGUAUUUUAGGCUUAUUUAGGUAAUAUUUUAUAAAAAGCUGUUUUCAGGGACAGAUGAACUGCUUCGUUUUAUUGUUUUACAUAGCUUCGUUGGCGAGUUGUUGGAAACUAGAAGUGCCAAAUGCCAGACCAGGUCCCGAAGGAAACAAAGUUGAGUUUGGGACGAAAGAUCGUAACGUGCUCAAGUGUUCGGUGAGCGGCUUCGAACCAGGAGAUUCCGCUGAUCUUGAAUGGCAAUACGACAAGAAGUACGUGGGAAGAGUCAACCAACACAGACAAAGCGAUGGGUCGCGGAUGUUGACGUUUAAAAAAGCUUUCACUCCUGCAGAUUCUGGAGAAUUCACGUGUAUUGGAAAGGUUGGUGACGAGGUUAAGGAGAUUCAGAAAGUCUUCGUUACUUUUGUGGGUAAGUUUUUGAUUUCUUAGAUAAUAAAUUUAUACCUUUUAUGUAACUUAUAAGUUUUUACGUUUUUUGACUUAUAAUGAUCUAUUAAAUGGUUUUAGAAGAGCCUGACUUCUCAGAAGUCGAGGAAGAGCAACAUCCCAUCGUCAAUCAAGAUGCUAGAAUCAGAUGUCCCGUCAAGAAUGUACCUGAAAAUGUAGAAGUCUACUGGACGCAAAACGAAGCUGUAGUCACGAGGGAUCUCCAAACCACAGUAGAAGACGAUGGCAAAACUUUGGUUUUGAGGAAUUAUUCCAAGACUUCUGAUGGCGUCUACGAGUGUAGCGUUCAGUUCUUGGACAGAGUGAGGACAGUGGAUAUCGAGGUUUUGGGAUACAGUGAGUUAUAAAUUUUUGCAAUAUUUCAGUUCGAAACAUUUAUUAAUGUUAACUAAGUUUUUUUGUAAUUAUCUGUUUGUAGUGCCCCCAGUCAUUGUCAAAGAUGUCAUGCCAAGUGUUGUGUACGAAGGACAAGAUCUUCAGUUGGUUUGUACUGCUGAUGGCUUCCCAACUCCUAAGAUUCAGUGGUCGAAAAUGACGGUAAGUUAUUUUAAACGCUUUUUAGGUAACAUUUAGUAUUUUUGUUAAAGUAAUAUAAAAUUUUUAUUUAAUUAUUAUUCAGUGUUGUCCUAUAAUCAUUCUGGUUUUAGAACGCACGCAAGGUCGAAGCUAUUAACGGCUCUCCCAAGUACGAUCUAUCGUUGAAUGGCGUAUUAGUUAUCAAAAACACAUCAGUGUUGGACGAAGGAAAGUAUAUUUGUACCGCUGUAAACGAACUCGACACAGAAGACUCUCGGAACGUUUCUCUCACAGUGCUUCGUACGUUGGUAGUCAAAUUUUAAUAUUAAUCUUAUUUUUGGAAGAAAAAGAUAGCGUAAAUUAUAUUUAUUUAUUACAAAAACUGUUAUUUUGAAUUUUUAGCUCGGCCUAGAAUCAACCCAUUUGGAGAUUUGAUUGUAGAGGAAGGGGCAUCUCUUACUGUGCCUUGUUUUACCCAUAAUGAUACCGAUGUCACCGAAUGGACUACCUACGGAGGUAUUCCUCUCAAGCCAUAUGUCGAUGGGAGUGACAUUGGAUACAAAGCUGAAAACGGAACUUCGUAUUUGAUAAUUAACAACAUAAACAGGAACUCGAACAACAAGUUUGUGUGUGUUGCUCACAAUGAAGCUGGUAAAUCGUCACGUGUAGCUCACAUUAAAGUCACCGGUAUAUUAUAAUUUUCUCUUAAAAUUUCUGCAAUUUUUCAUUUUUUAUGAUAAUUUUUUGUUGUUUAAGUUGCUCCGAAAGUUGCCAAGUCUGGAAACGGAGUCAAACGCUCAGUACUUAAUGGUUCUCCAAUCCUUCUGAGUUGUAACGCUUCUGGCAUCCCGACUCCAGAGAUUACAUGGUUUAAAGACGGUGAACCUAUCGAGUACGACGGUACCAGCUUCUCGCUCGAUGAAAUUAGUGAUAUCCCGACUCUGAAGAUUACUCCUACGACUACCAAUCAAUUUGGAACUUACAAUUGCAAAGCUAAAAACAACCUGGGUUCUACUGAAGGCGACAAGAUCUUACUACUUCAAGUCCUGGAACCAAAGCUUCCCACGCUUGCUUGUAACGAAUACUUUUUGCCUACAAGGAUGAGAUGCAAAGUUGAUUUUAAGAACAUCAAGGAGAACAACUACCCCACCAACCUCUCAGCCACCUUCAAGAAUAUCAAUGGGUCCGUCGUCUAUUUGGUGGAAGGGAUUCCGGUAGAAGAUGGCUUCAUUGAAGUCGAAAACCUGAACACAAGCUCCGCAUAUCGCGUCCACUUCAAAGCCUACAACGAACGUGGUGCGACCGACUGGUCGAAGGAAGAAUACAAAGUUGUGACUGCUGACCCACAAGCUCCUGAACGAGUACGUAAUGUCACUUCAAACUGCACAGAGAAUUGCCACAUUUCGUGGAUUCCUGGAAGGGACAACGGUGAGCCAAUCACUGGCUACAAGGUUCAUUUGUAUAACAAAGAUAAGGUAAGUCGUUUGAUGAUAAUAUCUAACUAACUGCCUAUUAGAAGGAACUAUGGUCGACAAGUUGCAACGAAACUUUCACUGACAUCUUCAACUUGGACUCCCUGGUUCAUUAUGAAGUGACAGUAGAAGCCGUCAAUGAAAUCGGAACUUCUGAUCCGACUUCUCAUCAUUUCACAACUUCAGGUAUGUAACUUUACACAGCUUGGCCUUUAUACAAUCUGAAGAUUAAUUUUAUUGGUUCAAUUUCAAUGUUUUAGGUUUUUAGUACUCGAAUAUAAAUGUUUUUGUACCAUUUGUAACUUCUUAAUUGAUAUAUAUUUUUUCAGAAUUUGCAACUUCGACUAGUUUUGUUGCUAUGAUCGUUGUCAUUUGCCUCAUCGUUCUCAUGUUGACAUUAGUUGGAGCUGACUAUCUUUGCUACCGCGUCAAAGGCUUCUCCUUACUCCAACGUCUGUAUAGAUGCGGAAGAAAGACAGAUGUUGACGUCAAGAUUAACAAGCCCGAGAACGAAUCCUUGAUCGAAAAGCCAACGAAGCCCCAGGUGUAG